AUGCCAAAAAUAAAGAACCUGUCUGAUGCAUGUAAAGUAUCAUUUUCUCCAGAUGGACCUAUAUCUGAAGAAGCACUCGAGAGAGUUCGUGCACUGUUAGAUGAGAUCAGACCUUUAGAUCUUGGUUUAGAUAACGAAGCACAAAUUGCACGUACUUGGAAUAGUUCUACGCGUCAACAGAAUGGGAGGCGAGGACGCGGUGGGCCUAAUCAGUACGCGCCCACAAUCAAAUAUCUGCACAUUCAUGAAUGCAAAAGUUUCUCUAUGGGUAUAUUUUGUAUGCCACCGUCAUCAGUUAUUCCACUUCACAAUCAUCCAGGAAUGACUGUGCUGAGCAAGCUUCUUUAUGGCAAGCUGCACGCCGAAUCGUAUGAUUGGAUUGAUGUAGCUGAUCCAACUGACCCAUUAAAGCCUAUUACUCCCUUGGGUGCAGCAAGACCAGCAAGGUGUGUGAGAGACCGUGAAAUGACUGCGCCAGAGACGACCAUUCUUUAUCCUGAUAGGGGUGGUAACAUCCAUACUUUCAGAGCCAUCACACCUUGUGCGCUCUUUGACGUCCUUUCUCCACCAUAUUCUGCUGAGAAUGGGAGAGACUGUUCAUACUUCCAGAAGUCUUCAGUCAAGGAGCCAUCUGUUAUUUUGCCGAGUGAUAUAGAUAGCUCAGAGGUAGUCUGGUUGGAGGAAUUGGAGGACCAUCAGCCUCCGGAGGGCUUUGUUGUUGCUAGAGGUUUGUAUAAAGGCCCUGUGAUAAGGAGAUAG